AUGCCGGGUCGCUUGGCUUUCAUUGUCCAGGUGGAGGUCUGUUCUGAGGAAUGGGCAUCAAUGACCCUCACUGCUAACUUGGACAACAGAGUGAAGAAGAUCACUGAAUAUGUCCAGGCUCAGACCAACGUCCCUGUCAUCGACAGGCAGACAACCAUCCACCUCACUCUAAAGGUGGUGAAGCCCAGUGACGAGUAGCUGUCCCUGUUUCUGGUGGAGAUUGGUGAUGAGGGGCAGAGGCAUCUCCUCCAGGUGCGAAGGUCCAGUUCGGUGGCCCAGGUGAGACAGAUGAUUGAGAGCAAGACGGCUGUAGUGCCUCUUGAGAAACAGACUGUGGUUUGCAAUGGCAAGAAGCUGGAAGAUGGGAAGACCAUGGGGGAGUAUGGCAUCAAAAGGGGCAGUUUAGGGGUGCCUGGGUGUCUCAGUCGGUUAAGCGUCUGGCUUCGGCUCAGGUCAUGAUCUCGUGGUCCAUGGGUUUGAGCCCCGCGUCGGGCUCUGUGCUGACAGCUCGGAGCCUGGAGCCUGUUUCGGAUUCUGUGUCUCCCUCUUUCUCUGACCCUCCCCUGUU